AUGGUCAAGUCAUAUUUUACUGAUGUUCGCAGGAAAUUCGAGCACAGCAAGACCUUUGGCCAGAUUUGUACAGCCUCCGCUAACGUCGUCUGGGAUCCCAGUUCUGAGAAUGAAGACUCCACGAGCAGAGGUGGCGCCGGUCGUGCCUAUGUCGGCGCCAACGACGAAGUCCUGUUGUGGGACCUGAAGAAGUCAGAAAAAGUGGGAAUAUGGAACACUGCGGACAACAAUGCGAUUGUUACCGUCAUAUGCCGAAGCCAAGUCGACCCCGAUGUAUUUGCUGUGGGCUACGACGAUGGCAAGAUCCGAAUAUGGGACUCAAGAACAGCGACAGUAAUAAUCACUUUCAAUGGACAUAGGACGGCAAUCACACAACUCAUAUUUGACCAUUCCGGAGUCCGUCUCGCCAGCGGGUCAAAGGACACUGAUGUUAUCGUUUGGGAUCUGGUUGCCGAGGUGGGAUUGUAUCGUCUCCGCGGCCACAAAGAUCAAAUUACUUCGCUCAAUUUCCUCACUGCAGGCGAUUCUCCAGAUGCGCUCCAUGGCGGCUCUAGCUCCCAUGACUUCCUCCUGUCUACUAGUAAGGAUGCUCUGAUCAAAGUGUGGGAUUUGUCUACACAGCACUGCAUCGAGACGCAUGUGACGCAAACAAAUGGAGAAUGUUGGGCUCUGGGGCUUGCGAGAGAUGGCAGUGGUUGUAUUACCGCCGGCAAUGACGGGGAGUUAAAAGUGUGGUCAAUAAACGAAAUCGUAUUGAAGGAGAAAUUUCGCACGAACGUACCUGAAGGACAAUAUAUCCUGCAAGAGCGAGGAACACUGUACCGGCACGGCCGCGAUCGGCCAUUGGGGAUCGCAUUCCAUCCACAACGCGACUUAAUUGCUGUACACGGCUCCGACAAAGCUGUUGAGAUACUACGGAUUCGGUCGGAGACGGAGCUAAGAAAAUCCCUUGCCCGGAAGCGGAAAAGGAGAAAAGAGAAAACAGGAACAACGGACGCCGAUUCAGGAGUCGACGUCGCGGAUGAAGUUGAAGACCCGACAGAUAUCUCCAAUGCAGCGGCUGCGGACAUAUUUGUGCCUUACGUGCUUGUACGUACGGGCGGGAAGGUUAGAUCAAUGGACUGGGCAGGGGGAAAAUCUGGCAAGUCCAUUCGGAUCCUGGUGGCCACUUCAAACAAUCAACUUGAGCUCUUCGAAGUGGCGGCUUCAGAUAUGAAGAAGUCAUCUGAUGCCCCAGAGUACAACCGUGCACUUACGGUGGACAUGCCUGGCCACCGUACGGACAUCCGCUGUGUUGCGCUCAGCUCGGAUGACAGAAUGCUCGCCACUGCCUCGAAUGGCAGCUUGAAAAUAUGGAACACACGAACACAGACUUGCUUGCGGACCCUUGACUGUGGUCAUGCUCUUGGCGUGGCAUUCCUUCCAGGUGACAAAAUCGUCGUGGUGGGUACGCGAGAAGGCACGCUCGAAGUAUUUGACAUUGCAGCUUCCACACUGCUCGAUACCAUCAAUGCGCACGAGCGAGACAUCUGGUCACUACAAGUCAGCCCGGACGGCAAAUCCCUAGUCACAGGAUCGGCCGACAAGAGUGCCAAAUUCUGGCAAUUUAAAGUCAUCCAGGAGCAAAUACUGGGUACAACGCGGAAAAGCGCGCGACUCACCCUCGUCCAUACCCGCACCCUCAAAGUCACCGACGACAUUCUCAGCAUCUGUUUCUCUCCCGACGAAAGACUCCUCGCCGUCAGCACUCUCGACAACACUGUGAAAGUCUUCUUCACCGACACACUCAAACUCUUCCUCACGCUAUACGGUCACAAACUCCCGGUUCUCGCAAUGGACAUCAGCUACGACAGCAAACUUAUUGUCACCUCAAGUGCCGACAAGAACGUCCGUGUCUGGGGCCUCGACUUUGGUGACUGCCACAAAGCAUUUUUUGCCCACCAAGACAGUAUACUCACCGUUAAAUUCGUCCCCAAUAACGAUGAAGGGAAUGGACACCACUUCUUCUCCGCGAGCAAGGAUAAAGUGAUCAAAUAUUAUGACGCAGACAAGUUUGAGCAGAUCCAAAAGCUGGAAGGCCACCAUGGAGAGAUUUGGGCCAUGGCAGUUGCGCAUUCCGGAGAGUUUGUUGUGACAGCGAGUCAUGACAAGAGCAUCCGCAUAUGGCAACAAACUGACGAGCAGAUCUUCUUGGAAGAAGAAAGAGAAAAAGAACUAGAGGACAUGUAUGAAAACACGCUUCUCACGUCCCUGGAGAAUGAUGCGAAUACAUUUGAUGGGGAGGGAAAUGCAGAUGGUGUCGAGGCAGGACCGGCCGGCAAGCAAACCGCGCAGACGUUGAUGGCUGGAGAGAGAAUAGCGGAAGCACUGGAAGUGGGCAUGGAAGAUCUCAAAACGAUGCAAAGUUACGCCGAAGCAAAAAGAACGAACCCCAAAGGUGCAGCUCCUCAGCGGAAUCCGAUCUUCCUUGCCAACAACAAUAUGUCCGCAUCGACCUACGUACUCAGUACCUUUCAAAAGAUCCCGUCCGCGUCUCUCCAGGACGCGCUGCUCGUGCUCUCAUUCUCUCAGGUUCCCGCGCUCUUCACAUUCCUCGCCCUUUGGGCAGAAGAAGGCCGCUCCAUCCCCUUGACAUGUCGGAUAUUGUUAUUCAUGCUGAAGACGCAUCAAAAACAGAUUGUGAGUUCGAGGGCGAUGAAAGGGAUGUUGGAGGAGGUGAGAAGCAAGCUGCGAAGCACGCUGAUGAGGCAGAAAGGGGAGCUGGGGUUCAAUCUUGCGGGAUUGAGAGUGUUGGGGCGCAGGGUGAGAGAGGUCGCCGGGGAAACUGAGUAUGUUGAUGAAGAGACAUGGCAGGAAGGUGAUGCGGCAGCACCUGGAAUGGCAAGAGGAAAGAAGAGAGAGUUUGUGAAUAUUGCUUAG